AUGAACGCUUCAAGUGAACUGGAAAAUUACAAAAUCCAGCUUCAGCAGGUGGAGGCAGCUUUAAUUGCUGAACCGGAUAAUGAAGAAUUAAUUAAACUUAAAGAGGAUCUCAAUGAAAUAAUUAUUCUUCAACAAGAAUUAGUAACUAAUACACCUUCAGAAGUUUUAACUACAAGUAGUUCUAGUUUGUCGAACAAAGAACGUUUAGUUUGGAAAGUUGGUGAUCGUUGUCUGGCAACAAGUAAAGGUGGACAAAAGCAGGUAGCUGUAAUUGAUGGAAUUUCACAGGAUAAAGUUGCUAUUACUUUUGCAAAUUCUGGCAAAAAAGAUAUGGUUCGUCUAUCAGAUUUGAGUAUAGCGCCAAUAGAAGAAAAAAAGAAAUAUAUUUUUCAAACGGGAAAACAAAAUGCAAUGAAAAAAGAAUGGCAUUUGGAAAGAGAACGUCGAAAAGUUCGUGCACAGAAAAAAGAACAACGUCGAAAACAAAUGGAAGAACAAAAGGAAGUUGAGAAAAAUAAAUGGAAAAAUUUUAAUGCAAGGGCUAAUGCAAAGAAUAUGAAGGGAUUAAAGCAUAUCGAAGCAACAGGUUCAGCAGCAGACGGACCUAAAGGUCAAAAAGGUCCACCACGUGGCCUCAGUUCUUUGGACGUUUCAUCUCGUCGAAAUACUCAAGCUUUUGGUGCGACUUCACGAGGAAAUAUGGAAUCCCUCUUUUAA